GAGAGUGAGUUUUCAGACGCUGACCUGACCACAGCCAGAGACACUGAGGAUGGAGAGAACGCCCCAGUGUACUGUAUCUGCCGCAAGCCGGAUAUCAACUGCUUCAUGAUCGGCUGUGAUCACUGUAACGAAUGGUUCCAUGGGCACUGCAUUAACAUCACAGAGAAGAUGGCAAAGGCCAUACGAGAGUGGUACUGCAUGCAGUGCCGAGAGAAAUACCCGCACCUUGAGAUCAAAUACAGACACAAGAAGUCCAAGGAGCGAGAGAGAGAAACCGAGAAGGAUGAAAAUGAAGAAACUACAAAAAAUGAAAAAAAGAAAAGCAGCACUAGUAGUAACAAAGUACCACGGCAACAGGUUAAGCGGUCGGCACGCAUGUGCGGGGAGUGUGAGUCGUGUAGCCGUACAGAAGACUGCGGCCAGUGUGACUUCUGCAGAGACAUGAAGAAGUUUGGGGGGCCUAAUAAGAUUCGUCAGAAGUGUCGGCUGCGCCAGUGCCAAGUGAGGGCAAGGAAAAUGCUGCGGGUGAAAGAUGAUGACUUGUCCAUGUACAGGGACACUCCAGAACCGAGCAGCCUGGCUGGGUCUCUGUCUGAUGAUGAUUUGCCGCUGGACCCAGAACUCUAUCAAGAGCUAUGUGCUGGCGGAGCUUUUGAUGACCACAACCUGCCAUGGCUCAGUGACACAGAGGACACACCAUUUCUGGACUCUGUUAUGAGGAAGAGAGCCGUGAAAGUGAAACAUGUGAAGAGGAGAGAGAAGAAGGCAGAUAAAAAAAAGGACGAUAAGUACAAGAGACAUAAGCAAAAGCAGAGGCACAAAGAUAAAACAAAACACUCUGAGCGAAUGGAAACCAGAGACUUCUCAUCCCUGCGCCAGUGCCUAGGACCCAGUUGUGUGCAGCCAGCCAGGGCCAACUCUAAGUACUGCUCCGAUGACUGUGGCAUGAAAUUGGCAGCUAAUCGCAUCUACGAAAUCCUCCCGCAGCGCAUUCAGCAAUGGCAACAGAGCCCAUGUGUGGCAGAAGAACAGGGGAAGAAGCUACUGGAACGGAUCAGAAGGGAGCAGCAACAGGCAAGAACCAAACUUCAGAACAUGGAGAGCCGGUUCCAUGAACUAGAGGCGCUAAUCAGCAAAGCCAAACAGCAGCAGAUCCGCGAGGAUGAAGAGACUAAUGAAGGGGACAGUGAUGAUACAGACCUACAGAUCUUCUGUGUCUCUUGUGGUCAUCCUAUCAACCCAAAAGUUGCCCUGCGGCACAUGGAACGAUGUUAUGCUAAGUAUGAGAGUCAGACCUCCUUCGGCUCCAUGUACCCCACAAGGAUUGAAGGAGCAACGCGACUCUUUUGUGACGUAUACAACCCGCAGAGUAAGACCUACUGCAAGCGCCUCCAGGUGCUGUGCCCAGAGCAUUCCCGUGACCCCAAGGUGCCUGCAGAUGAGGUGUGCGGCUGCCCCAUGGUGAAGGAUGUCUUUGAGCUGACUGGGGAUUUCUGCAGAGUUCCCAAAAGAAAGUGCAACCGCCAUUAUUGCUGGGAGAAACUGCGCCGUGCAGAGGUGGAUCUGGAACGAGUUCGCUUGUGGUACAAGCUGGACGAACUGUUUGAGCAGGAACGGAAUAUGCGAAUGGCAAUGACUAACCGAGCCGGACUCCUGGCUCUCAUGUUGCACCAGACCAUCCAACACGACCCAGUCACCACAGACCUGCGCACACACACAGAGCGCUGAGAAGAAUUUUGUAUUUGUGCAGCAGAAUUUCUGCCAUUUUUAAGUAGAUUACGUGAGGUUCUUAUAUAUGGGGUUAGUUUCUCUUAUCCAGAGUCGUUGGACACUUUAAUAUACGGGAAGCUGAGAUUUAUUAUGGGGCAAGCUACUGGCAGCAUUGCCAGAUACAUGCCAUUGGGACACAGACAUGAAUGUGGAAGACAUCGCACUCACUGGUCUUACGAUGAAAUAUUAGACUUGUGAGUGCGAUCUUAACCAACGAUUUUCAUUUAAACCACAACAAGGACUGCACCCAGGCGCCAUUGGACAUUUUUUCAUGAGCCAUGAGGAUCAGAUCUGUGAGUCCUACUGGCAAUAGGAGGCUUGUGUAGCAGAACAGUGCACAUUUAUGUAACCUGUUAGCACUAAGCCCCAAAGGGACCCAUGCUCUUAUAUACAGUGCUUCCUCACACAAUAUCCAGCACCUCUUCCAUUUGUGCUUAUUCUAAGGAUGGCUGUGCCAGUGGCAGAGACCAUACCCCAUCCUUUAUACCAUGGAGAUUGACCCUCUUUUUUUUAUAUGCAGUUACACUGAGCAGAGGAAUUUGGGCUCUGUGCUGUAGUUAUUACAUUCGACACCUGAGAAUUCGGAUUGUGUGUGUGGCUUCAGAGGAUCUGGGACCGAGCAGGGCAUGAUGGCAGCUCCCAGGAAUCUUUGUUCACUAAGUCAGUGCAGAUAUUAGCCAAUCACAGGAAUGUCUAGCUCCCAGCACCUAUAAGAUCCCAUUUGGUUAUAUGUAGAUUUGACAUGACUUGGCCUCUCCCCUGGUUUCCCACCAUCUACUGAAGUGCGUUUAAUGCACAGAAUUUGCUCCUACCACUUUCUCAUGGUUCUGAGCAGAUUUUGCUCAUUAUGCAAGACUGAAGCAGAAAGGCAGGGGGCUCUCAGGCAGUUAUAUGUGGUGCCACACUGGGUGGGGUAUAGAAGGAAUACCAGCAAAGCAUCAACCCAUAGUGCAGAGCAACACCCAUGCAGGACGUAGGUGCCAUUUGGGUUGAUGGAGUUGGUAUGACAGAGCCAGACCGGGACUGGGUUGGGAGGAAAGUACCACAGAAUGUCAGCUAUUUAUUAUUCUAUAUAUGUUACUAUUAUUUUGCCAAUAAAUCCUCUCUUGUUUUUAAA